CAAGUUACUAAGCAUUGUAUUUAAUUAGUAUGAAAGAUGUAGACUGAUCUGUUUCAUUGUGAGCAGUGUUAAGUAACUCUAACUAAAGAAUUAAUACAUUUAAACACGAUUAAAUGGCUCGAGUAGAGGCAGGUCCGCGUCGGGUUCUGGAUGAAGCGACCAGACAGAGGAGACUGACUCGGCAGCUGGAGGCAUUGGAAAAAGACAACUUUCAGGACGACCCUUUGUCUUCACUGCCUCCUCCUGGUCCAGCUGCUCGUCUCCCUGCCUUCAGUGAGACAGAAGAACCAGAGAAGAGGAGGAGGAAGACCAGAGGUGACCAUUUCAAACAGCGUUUCAGAAAGAACUUCACCACCUUGCUGGAGGAGGAGAACCUCUCUGAAAAGCUGGAGCCAAAUUACCUGUCAGCUGUGGCUCCACCCUCCUCUUUGCCGCCCCGUCACUUCUGCUGUGUCUGUGGAUUCCCCUCACACUACACUUGCACCACCUGCGGGGGGCGGUUCUGCUGCAGUAAGUGCCUGAUCACGCACCGAGAGACCAGGUGUUUGAAGUGGACGCUGUAACAGGGACAAAGCUGUGGUGGUGCGCGUCUCCUGCUUUUCCAGGCUGAUUUUUCUCCUCUUUUAGUCAUUAAAAAAAGUUAAUUUGACCUUAGUCACAUCUGACUGUGUUGUUUGUAAAUGUUGAUGUCUACUAAUUUUUUAAAUAAAACAUUUAAAAUCAAAA